GGCUGCGGGAAGCCUUCGACCCACCCGCGUGUCAGAGACGGGCUGUUGGCACUCAGCACGCCCGGGAUCGGAGCCCCGCGCGCGUUGCUAAGGCCGUGUGACCUCCCGGACUGCCUGUCCCGAGACCCAGGGAGGGCGCUCUGCACCGCCCCUGGCGCCGCGCUCCCGGACGGGGGUUAGCUGGCCGCCGCGGCCGCUACCGGAGAAGCGCUUCCCGCCCGCGCCCACCUUCGCCAGGCUCCGGGGCAGGGGAAGGGGCUCUCCGCCGCCGAGGGAGCGCAGUGUUCUGCCGUUCUGCCCCGGGCUCUCUCCCUUGGCCAAGGAGACACGCCCUGCCCUGCGGCGCCGAGCCAGGAAGGAACGGGAGCCUCAUGCCUGAGCCGCGGGCAGCGCCAUGGAUCUGACGAAGAUGGGCAUGAUCCAGCUGCAGAACCCCAGCCACCCCACGGGGCUCCUGUGCAAGGCCAACCAGAUGCGGCUGGCCGGGACGCUGUGCGAUGUGGUCAUCAUGGUGGACAGCCAGGAGUUCCACGCCCACCGCACGGUGCUGGCCUGCACCAGCAAGAUGUUUGAGAUCCUCUUCCACCGCAACAGCCAGCACUACACGCUGGACUUCCUCUCGCCAAAGACCUUCCAGCAGAUCCUGGAAUACGCGUACACGGCCACGCUGCAGGCCAAGGCGGAGGACCUGGACGAUCUGCUGUACGCGGCUGAGAUCUUGGAGAUCGAGUACCUGGAGGAACAGUGCCUCAAGAUCCUGGAGACCAUCCAGGCCUCCGAUGACAACGACGCAGAGGCCACCAUGGCGGACGGCGGGGCCGAGGAGGAGGAGGACCGCAAGGCUCGGUGCCUGAAGAACAUCUUCAUCGCGAAGCAUUCCAGCGCGGAGGGUGGGUGUGCCAGUGCGGCCGCCCAGAGCCUCCCCGGGGCCCUGGCGGGCCAGAGUCCUUUGGUCUCAACCCCUUUCGGCCUCGCGGCCAUGAGUCCCACCAAGGCUGCUGUGGACAGUUUGAUGACUAUCGGACAGUCCCUCCUGCAGGGGACGCUCCAGCCGCCUGUGGGGCCUGAGGAGCCCGCUCUGGCCGGGGUGGGGAGGCACCCUGGGGCGGCUGAGGUGAAGACAGAGAUGAUGCAGGUGGAUGAAACGCCCGGCCAGGACAGCCCUGUGGUGGCCGAGUCCAGCAUCUCAGGCGGGCUGGGGGACAAGGUCGAGGAAAGGGGCAAAGAGGGGCCCGGGACACCGACGCGGAGCAGCGUCAUCACCAGCGCCAGGGAGCUGCACUACGGGCGGGAGGAGAGUGCUGAGCAGCUCGCAGCUCCGGCGGAGGCUAGCCAGGGUCCCACAGGCCGAGCAGAGCCCCCCGCGCCUUCUGCCGAGAAGCACCUAGGCAUCUACUCUGUGUUGCCCAACCACAAGGCUGACGCUGUGCUGAGCGUGCCGUCUUCGGUGAGCUCGGGCCUCCACGUGCAGCCUGCCCUGGCUGUCUCCAUGGACUUCAGCUCCUACGGGGGUCUGCUGCCGCAGGGCUUCAUCCAGAGGGACCUGUUCAGCAAGCUGGGCGAGCUGGCUGUGGGCAUGAAGUCGGAGAGCCGGGGCACGGCGGAGCAGUGCAGCGUGUGCGGGGUGGAGCUGCCUGACAACGAGGCUGUGGAGCAGCACAGGAAGCUGCACAGUGGGGUGAAGACGUAUGGCUGUGAGCUCUGCGGAAAGCGGUUCCUGGAUAGCCUGCGGCUGCGAAUGCACUUACUGGCCCACUCAGCGGGGGCCAAGGCUUUCGCCUGUGAUCAGUGCGGUGCCCAGUUUUCGAAGGAGGAUGCCCUGGAGACUCACAGACAGACCCACACCGGCACGGACAUGGCUGUCUUCUGCCUGCUGUGCGGGAAGCGGUUCCAGGCACAGAGUGCGCUCCAGCAGCACAUGGAGGUCCACGCGGGCGUGCGGAGCUACAUCUGCAGCCAGUGCAACCGCACUUUCCCCAGCCACACCGCCCUCAAGCGCCACCUGCGCUCACACACAGGCGACCACCCGUACGAGUGUGAGUUCUGUGGCAGCUGCUUCCGGGAUGAGAGCACGCUCAAGAGCCACAAGCGAAUCCACACGGGUGAGAAGCCCUACGAGUGCAAUGGCUGUGGCAAGAAGUUCAGCCUCAAGCACCAGCUGGAGACGCACUACAGAGUGCACACAGGCGAGAAGCCCUUCGAGUGUAAACUGUGCCACCAGCGUUCCCGGGACUACUCGGCCAUGAUCAAGCACCUGCGCACGCACAACGGCGCAGCGCCCUACCAGUGCACCAUCUGCACCGAGUACUGCCCCAGCCUGUCCUCCAUGCAGAAGCACAUGAAGGGCCACAAGCCCGAGGAGAUCCCGCCCGACUGGCGGAUAGAGAAGACUUACCUGUACCUGUGCUACGUGUGAGGGAGGCCACGGGGACUCCAGGGGGCAGCGAGGAGUUGGGGGGGCGACGAGGAGGGACGGCAGAAGGAGAAGGACAAAGGGAAGGAGAGAAAGGAAAGCUGGUCGCCGCCUCUUGGAUUCCCCCUGGGCUCCGGGUGCCCGGAUCCCCGGGGCCUCUGUCCCUCCUUUGCGGGCUGGACGCUGCCAGCUUUUCCCGUGGGGUGGGAUGGGACGGUUCUGUUCAGCUUGGAGGGCGGUGUGUUUUUCUCUUCCCUGCACCCAGACCUUCCCUCUAUGUCUGGAAAUGAGACAAGGAGUAUGGGGGGCAUCCGCUGGUCAGAGCCAGACCAUCUCCACCUGCCCUCUCACCGGCUCCUCCAGACACCGGGCAGGGCUGGGCUGGGUCGGGUCACGGUUGGCACCCCAAAUGGCAGCUCUGGUUCGCUGGGGGCAGGUUGGGGUGGGGAGGGGCGCACCUUGCCCCACCAGCUCAGUUCAUCCGUUGCUUUGCUCUGCUCUGCCAGCCUGGGUGUCUGUCCCCUCACAGUCUGGAGAAGCCUCGUGGCUCUUGCCCCUGCCUCCCCUUGACUCCUGUCCUCCAAGCCCCGGGGGCUGCCUGCGUCUCCUGGAUGGGAUGGCAUCUCCCUCCUCCUCCAGCCCCCUGGUGAGGAAGCCAAGUCUGAGCCCGGUUCCCACCCUUAGCAGAAAACACAGCAGGUUACGGAGGAGCUGCCCCACCCUGGCCAAGGCCUGUUGUGAGGGAGACUCCUGCUGAGUUACUUUUGCUUCCAAAAUGGGAAAACAGAACAACUAAAUAUAUACCAUCCCACCCAGCCAACAAAUAUAGGUCCCUACCGCCUGCUCACAGGCCUGGGAGAGGGGCUCCACGAGCCGGCCCGGCCGUCCAAGGGAAGGUGCCGCCUCCUUCAGAAGUGGGCCACACUUGGAGAAGGGACCCACUGCCCAGGGGCCCGGGCAGCUGGCCAGGGAGGGAGUGGUUGUGUCCUGCUGGGGACCCUUUGACCCUAGGGGGCCAGGGGACCCCAGACCCAGGGAGCUCUGGGAAAACCCAGGUCCAGAGGGUGGCCCUGAACGCCUGGCUCACAGGCCCCAGUCCGCAGGGAGGAGGGAGCUGGACAUGCUUUGGCCUCGUGUUAUGUUUUGCCUCGUCUCUGUGUCCCCUGUUCCCUGUUAGCACAUUGUACUUGAAUUACCUCAGUUUUUUGUGACCUCAUGAGCUUUUUUAACCCCUGUAUCUCUUUUUCGGUUGGGGUUCAGAGGAAUGGGGAGGGUAUUCUUUUCUGUUUCUUGUGUAAGUUAAUAGUUGGGGUAAUAGACUUCAGCCCCCAGGACCCUCCCCAGCCCUGGCACCCAGCGCCCCCCCGGGGAGGAGCUGGGCACUCAGGACCUGCGUGUGAGGGGCGGAUGCGGGGGGCCUCUGGAGGCGCUGCUGGCUCUGCCCGGCGCACAGCAUCCCCUGCGCCCGGCAUCAGUUCACUGCACAGAAGAUCCCGCCUUUCUUAGAAUUUGCUGGGUCGUUGGGACCUGCGGAUCUGGAUUCAGAUCCUGGCAGCCCUGCUGCCCCAGCUCCGUGUGCAUUAUCAUCGCCAAAACCAGCCCCUUUUCCCGGCUGGUGAGGGGAGGAGCCAGCCUUUGUCCUGUUGCACUGGGGCGGGGCUGUUGUUUUUCCGAAAGCUACCUCUGUUCCUCGGUGGCCCCUUCCCGCCUCCCCGUCUGCUGCUCUGCACCUCCCACUCUGCCUGGCCUCCCCACCCUGAGUUUGGAAAGCCCACAUUUGCAAUAUUUGUGUUCACUUUGGGAUGGACCCUCCGCUUCACCUCACGCUUUAUUUGUAAGAGUCUUGGGUUGUUUUCUUUCCUUUCUCUCUUUGAGGAAGUUGUGGCUGCGUUUUUAUCUUAGGUUUGAAAAAGCAGUUUAGGGCACCGGUUUUGGGAAGAAGGGGUUGUGAGGACCUAGGGAACUCGGGGGGCUGGGAACUGCUGUGACCCACCACCCCCUGCCCCUCGGCCCCACCCCUUCCUCUCCUGCAACCUCGCCGCCAGAUCCGAAGGCCUUAAAAAUGGUGUGUCGGGGGGACGCGUGGGGGGACUGUGUCGCUAGACUGUUGAUUGGGGAUGAUACAGUGGGGAGGAUCUAUUUUGCAACUAUAAUAAUGACUUAGUGCUUUGGAAAGGGAAAAAAAAGUUAAACUUGAAAUAUGUACCAAGAGCAGACGUGUUUAUAAUGUGAAAGAGAGAAAUCAUGUGGUGGGGGGCAGUCUGUCAAAUCAUUAUGCACUACUGCUUCCUCCCCAGUGGGAAGGAGGGGGGACCGGCUGCCCACAGGGGAUCUGAAAACCCCAGAAAACAGUAUUUUAAUAGCAAGAUAUCAUGCAACUUUGGUGUGGGGAAGGAAAGAAAAAUCACACUGUUCCUAGGCCUCCCCGACACCUCUCACUGUCCCCGCCCUCGCCACGCAGGCUGGGUCUCCUCCCCUAUUUGUAAAACUGAGAGGUUUUGAGCUGAUACUUGCAAAUUGUAAUAUUUUUGUAAUGGUUGUUAGUUCCUUCAUCAGUUCUGCAGGACCUUGCCCGUUCCUUUUGUCAUGUGAACAGGAAAAAAAAAAAAAGAAAAAAAUCCACCAUCACCACCACAACACCCCUUCGUGUGUGCCCAUCCCGCAGUGUCACUGUCUGGGGAUGGCGCUGCAUCAGCGCCCGUGGGCCCCGCUGUCCCUGCGGGAUCUGAGGAGGGAGGUGGGCACGGGACAGGGCACGUGGCUGGGGGAGGACACUGGGUGGCAGGGCUGCCUGUGCUGCCCGCCCCUCCCUCCUGCCCCGUGAAGGCCCAGCACCCUGAGGAGAGCCUGGCAUGCCUCCUUCCCCGCUUCCUACCCACAAAGACCAGAGUCUUGGCCUGGCCGAGGCUGUCUCGGGAAAUCACCCGUGGGCCUGGACAGGUGUGGGUGGAGGGGCCGCUCUCCCCAGAUGAGGGCCCAGUGUCCCCCUCCCUUGCCUCUCUGCCACCUGGCCCCUCGGCGCCCACUGCCUUUGCUGUGGCACUGCUGAUGACCCCACUUUACUGCCUUACCCAGCGUGGUGGAGCCUCUCCAGCCGGGCACGUCCAGGCUGGCCUGGGGUCCCUCCUCCACGUUCAGCUCCUCCAGGCGUGUCCCUUACUGCUCCUGGUGACACUCACCGCUCACUCAUGCUCUUUCCCUAUUCACGCCUUCGCUCAUUCGAAGCAUUAAGAUCCUAUGUGUAUAUAGGACAAAUAUAGAUAUAUAUAUAUAUAUAUAGCAAGAGAUAUAAAAUAGUAAAUAUCAUUGCUGCUUUGCGCUGCUGGGAGGAGGCCGCGGAUACGGGGAGGGUCUGGAGGCUGGGGACCCAGUGAUUCAGCACAGUCCAGGGAUGCAACGCGGGCUUGUUGAGUCUUUGUGCCUGAACAGUUUUUCCAUGUUUAGAAAGAAAACUGAUGCAAUUUUUCACGAGUGUGUGGUGCCCUUCCGGGUGCCAUGGGUAUAGCCGACUGCGGGAGUGUCCAGGCCCCGAAGGGAGAGGGUCGUUGGCCUCCCUCCUCCUGAGACACUGCCGGCAGCCUUCAGGCUCUGGCUGUGAAGGGCGGCAGGAAGAUUUGUGGCCAGUUCCCUGCACACCUUGGAAGAGGAGAGCUGGAGGCACCGGGUGUAAGACAGAAAAGCAGAAGGAGAUGAGACUGUUAUUUUUCCUGGGCCCGUGUCAUACCCUCCCGUCUGCUGUCCUUCCUCCUGGAGCUUCUUGGCGGGGUGCACCUGAGUAUCUCAGCAGGAGGUAUAAAAAAGCCAGAUUAGCCGUACCUGGUUUGACUGAUGGGCGAAGGGGAAAGGCCGAGCCAGCCAGGAGAGGGAUGCAAGACAGACCCGGGGGGCCGGGUCGGGGAGAGGGUGGGGAGGCGGGCACAGGCCUGUUAGCCAGCAGCCCUGUGUCCCUGAGCCCUUGGUGUCCCACUCUGCAGACAGGGUACCAGCCUCCUGGCGGCUGUCAGAGAUUUUGUCCACAUAGCGUCAUGCAUGGUCUGUGUAAGGUGAAGAGGCUGUUGGUGCACCAUGGCGUCCGACCCGUAUAAAUAAAGAUAAAUAAAUAAAUGUAUGUAUGUAGGUCGAAGCACUGAGGGCCUGCUGCCCGGCUGGACCAAGCGAAGCUCAGCCUUUCGGUUUGGGUAUUUUGUGUUGCUGUUUUGUUUGUUUUUGUGGCUUGUCCUGUGUGGUGACAGCACAAGGGCCAGUCGGACGGCCUUGCGUCACAGAGCAGUGUGUUGAUCCAUUGGUGUUCUAGUUCAUGUCUACCUCAGCACCUCCUCUUAGCCUAAUUUUAGGAGGUUGCCCAAUUUCGUUUCAAUUUUACCUGUUAGUUUUUUUGUACAAAUCUCUCUCUCCUGCCUUCUCCAGCCCGCCUGCCCUUCCCCUCCUUCCACCAGCUCCUCCCGCCCUGCCCUGCCCCGCGACCCCACGUGGUGCUUGCCAGUCUCUGUUCUCGUCCAGAAGCAGUUCACUCAAAGUCCUGUGGUCCUGCGCGCAGCUUCACGCGUCCGCCUGCGUUUCGUGUAGAUGGAUGCGUUUCUUUGUAAUUUCAGUGUUUCUGACAAGACUUAAAACAGAAAAAAAAAAAAAAAAGAAAUUUACUGCUGCAGGUUUUUUUCUCUCUCCAUGUGUCACUAAGUGAAGUUUGUGCCUUCUAUAGCAAAGAGAAUAUUUUUUACAUCCUACUAACAGUAGAUUUUUUUGUAGUGAACAUUUUUUGUAUUUUUAUUUAUAAGUCUCAUAAGAAAAAUAGCAAUGUUCAGUUGUAUACCUUGAAUCUGCAGUUAGAAGAGAAUAAAGUUAACUCAGUUGUCUCUG